AUUUUGUGUAUAGCUCUUAUAUAAGGUACCGGUAAUGAAACACUGAUACAGCCCAUCAGUACUGCGUCAGGUCUGAAGUAUUAAAUAAAGAACAAUCAAUAGAGUAGCAAACUGUAUGACGAGAUAGAUGGCGCUGCGGAGGGUUCACCCUUAGGUUCUACACUCGUCAAUAUAUUUGUUUGUUUUCACAAGCCCUCAUGAUUAGGAGACUACCCUAGUAACUUCAAGCCUGUCCUUUACUAAAGAUGGGGCACCUCGGGUGGCAUAUCAGAUUUCUGCUAUCUGCUGUUGUUACUUUGGCAUGUGAGGCGUCUGAACAACAACUGAUUGACGUGGAUUAUCAAUAUCACCGAUACGACGACAUGACAACUCUGCUACAGAAUAUCACCAAUAGGUUUCCAGAGUUGACCAAGCUUUAUUCCAUUGGACUUUCAGUUGACAGAAAAGAAUUAUGGGUCAUACUUCUGUCUUCAACUCCCAAUGAGAGACCUCUACUGAAGCCUAACGUCAAAUAUAUUGCCAAUAUGCACGGAGACGAGUCUGUUGGAAGAGAACUCUUAUUGCAUCUAGCAGCUUAUCUUAUCAAUAACUACAACAAAGAUCCUUACGUCCGCUGGCUGAUGGAUAACACCCAGAUCCAUUUGAUGCCAUCCAUGAAUCCCGACGGGUUUGAAAUGGCAAUAGAAGGAUUAUGUUCUCGUAGCCCUGGCAGAAAUAACGCACAUGGCGUCGACCUAAAUCGCAACUUUCCAGACUACUUUGAAGAAAACCUACAAAAGGAAGAACCAGAAACAAAAGCCGUUAAGAAAUGGUUAAACGACAUUCCAUUCGUUCUAUCGGCCAAUUUACACGGAGGAGCUCUUGUUGCAAGUUAUCCAUUUGACAAUCUUCCUCCUUCCCAAAAAAAUAAAAACGCGCCUACAAGAUAUAUUAAGUCCUUUACUCCAGACGACGAUGUCUUUCACCACCUGGCUUUAUUGUACUCCUCUCAACAUACCACUAUGCAUCAAGGAAAAUCAUGCCGGUCGGGGAUACCUGAUUUCUCGGAUGGUGUAACUAAUGGAGCUGAAUGGUACGCUGUUAAAGGAGGAAUGCAGGAUUAUAACUAUGUUCACGCUGGUUGUAUGGAGAUCACUGUGGAACUCUCAUGCUGCAAAUAUCCAAUACCUUCAGAAUUGCCUAAAUUCUGGGAAGAAAAUCGAAAAGCUUUGCUCGAUUAUUUAGCUGCAGCUCACCAAGGUGUUCGAGGUUUGGUCAUGGACUCAAGUAAUAGAACCUUACCUGAAACGAGGUUAAAAAUUAAAGGACGAGAUAUGAACUUCCACACAACAAAGAAAGGUGAAUACUGGAGGCUUCUUCUUCCUGGGAAUUAUACUAUUGAGGCUUACCUCAAAGGUUUUGUAAUAACGGAGGUCCAAUUUUCUGUGAUGAGUAAGAAGAUGACAACUCUGAACUUGACCAUGUUCACUGAAGAAGAGUUGCAAGGGAUAAAAACGUCCACAAUGUUUGAUUCUGAUACGGGGACAAUUUCGGAACUGAAUUUCACUACAAGAAUCGACUUAGAAAAAACAACUGAAAAAUAUAAUUCAGACAAAACGACAAUUUCUCAUGUUUCAGGUAGUGCAAGAUUGACAUCUUACUUUGAAGCGAUGACAGAUAAAGGCUCUCCUGCAAGACAUGCACAAAAUGAUGCUCUUGAGGUUACUCAUGGUGAAGGAUGUACAGUUCAUCAUGGCUUGUUUCUCCCAUUAGUAAUACUGAUAUGUCUAGUUUCAGUGUACAUUCACAUCUGAACGACCUUGAAAGCCGACAAUAGUAACACUGUUUUUCUACGGAAGUCAUAAAUAUGUAAAGUUUAUGUAAGGUAUUAUAGGAGCCCAGUACAAGUUGCUUUAUAUUUUGGUAUAACAAACGUUGACAUUUAAUUGGUACGUUAAAUUUUAGUAUUAUCAAAAUACACUUCUGUAUAUAUGUAUAAAAUGAACGUUACCAAUGUGGGGUUUUUCAUUUCCAGCACAUUAAUGUUUAUUAGUUUUAUCUAUGAGCUAUACAAUUAUAAUAGUACUUUUUACAUUUCCAUAAAAUCUUACAAAAUAACAGGUGGCGUUGAUGAUCAGAUAGUCAAAGCAGUUCAGGAACUUAUAUAUUAAAUAUCUUUUUUUUUUUUAAGUUUCAAGAGUCCGUUAUGCUUCUUCACGUAACUUUACAUUAGUUAGUUAAAGUAUAAAAGGUAAAUAAUUAAGCUCAGUCAAAGAGCAAAUAAAUAGAAUUUGCAGUCAUAGAGAUCCCACUUGACAACUGCUAUGACAAUGAAAUAGGUUUGUGUUUAUGGAUUUUGUUUCUAAAAGCUGUAUAUUACAAGUUAAUUGAAUGUGUUUUACGUUGCUACGUAAAACUUUAAUUUGUAUAUCAGUGAACUAAUUAUUUAAACCAAAUCAGAGAAAUAAAAUAAAAGACAUAUAUUUUAUUAUUUACUCUGUUUCAAGAUAUCCAACUAGUUGUUAUGAAAAUUACAAUCUUCUGCUAAAUAUAGAGUCAAACCCUAUGUGACUGGUCGAUUUAAACAUUUAUAACCAAAACAUGUAAAACCAAGCAAUAAAAGGCCUUCAAAGUUAAAUUUGA